AUGCCACGGACCGCACUCCUAUCUCAUCCUCGUCUCGCCGGUCACAUCGGCGAACUCUCGACUGGCAUGGGGCCACCUCCACUGUAUCCACCAAAUCCUGAAUUCAACCCAUUAAGUCCUGCUUCAUACCUUUCUCAGGCAUUGCAAAUAUCGCUCCCCAACCAAGCCCUCGACGUUCGGGUGUAUUACACUCCUCUGAAGUACGAAUAUGGAUGUUUUAUAGUAUUCCACCACGGUGCCGGGUAUGCGGGUACAAGCUUUGCAUGUCUUACAAAAGUGAUAGCUGAGGUCACGAGGGAUAAUGUCGGCGUCCUGGCCUUUGAUGCCAGGAGACAUGGUAUGUAUUCGCCUCAGGUGUUUGCGGAAUAUUAUUUUCAGGGAAUCCAACAUCAUCUCAGUCUGAUCAUGCACGCGAUUCUCAAUUCUCGACCCGAGGGUUAUAGCGUUCAAGAAGCAAUCAAGUGGCAUGUCAAUACGGGCCUUAUCCAUAACCCCAUUUCCGCCCGUCUUUCGAUUCCAUCUAUCAUUGUUCCUGCAGAUUCUCCUCUUACGCCCAGCACGCGCGCAAAUAUUGGAUUCAAAUACAAGUGGUGCUGGUUCCCAUCGCUUUCGUCCUUAUUCCUCGGGCUCAGCUAUGCACGGCUCUUAGUAUUAGCAGGUGCAGAGCGCCUUGAUACGACACUCACGGUCAGUCGGAUGCAGGGCAAAUUCUGGCUCAAAGUCAUGGCUGGUUCGGGUGUGGGACAUCUUGUGCACAAGGACGGUCCGACAAAACUGGCAGAGAUUCUGGCAGAUUUCUGGAGGCGCAAUGAACGCAUUGUGAUUCGAGGUAACGUUAUCAAGAUGGUCGGGGAGGUUUAG